AUGGUUCAAGGCGCACUUAAAUCGACGAAGAGCGCAUUGGCGGGCGGAAAUCGAGCAAAUGGGGCAGGGAAAAAGGCGGCGUUAGGACCGAAGAAGGGACAGAGGGUUAUCAAAGCAAAGAAGGAUGGAUUGAGGAGGAGUGAAGUUUUGAGGAAGAAACAUUCAGCAGGUCUCACAGCCAUGACGGAAAAGACGCUCGGUGCAAAGGCGGGUCAUCUGGAGUUAUUGGGAGUAGGAAAGAAGAGUAAGGGAAAGGAUGGGAAGAAUGCUGGGGAGACUAAAGGGAAGGGAAACGCGGGAGCGACGAUCCAUGGAGGCGAGAAGGGAGGAACGAGGAAAUUUGGUUAG